UAGUAUUGAUUCAGAUUCAGUCGAUGAGUUUCUCUCGCUUCUGCGCGUUGCGUUUCGCAGUGUUUCCGCGAUUUUUUCUUUGUCAUCAUCGCUCGUGCGCCCCUCCCGCUUUCAACUUUUGUACGGUGUUCGCCUUGUCGGUGCUUUCAAUUGCCAGUGAAGUGAAAAUAAAAGUUGGGAAUAAAUCAGACAUUCAAAAACAAAAACAAAAACAAAAGCAACGGUUUUCCUGUUCAAGAAACGGUACUUUCACAGUUGCAGAUAAUAAAUACUUAAUUCAAGGUUAAUCAUAGUUAGACUAUCACUAUAACAACAAGCAAUCGUUAAAGUACAUAAAUAUCAGCACCGACGACGGUGUCCAGUGGCAGUGACAUCAGAGUCUAAAUCCAGCAGCACGGCACAGCAGUCAUCUAUGUGCAUAUGUACAUAUGUACGAGGGCCUAAGAUUGCGUGUCCUUUGCGAAGCGGGAACCCCAUAAGCUGGCUGCAUGAAAAACAUAACCAGCUCGAGCACCUGCAGCACAGGGCUGCUGCAAUUGCAGAACAAUCUGAACAGCAGCGAAUUGGAUAUUGUUGGCAAAUCAGAAACAGUCGGACCCGGCACCAUACCAUCCCCGUGGACCCCAGUGAAUGCCGGUCCUCCAGGUGCACUAGGAUCGGCAGACACAAAUGGCAGCAUGGUGGAUAGUAAAAACUUGGAUGUUGGUGAUAUGAGCGAUGAUGAAAAGGAUUUAUCGUCCGCUGAUGCAGAGGGUGUUUGGAGUCCAGAUAUUGAACAGAGCUUUCAAGAGGCAUUAUCUAUAUAUCCACCAUGUGGACGUAGAAAAAUUAUUUUGUCAGAUGAGGGAAAAAUGUAUGGUCGCAACGAGCUUAUAGCAAGGUACAUAAAACUGCGUACUGGCAAGACGAGAACCCGCAAGCAAGUCAGCUCCCAUAUCCAAGUGCUCGCCAGGCGGAAGCUGCGAGAAAUUCAGGCGAAAAUCAAAGUCGAACCCAAUGGUGUGUCCUUGCAUUUAUUAAAUGACAAAGAACAGACUCUGCAAGUCAUGAGCACAAUGACUAGUUCACAAAUCGUAUCUGCCCAAGCAGCCAAUAAUCUGGCACUGGCUGCCUCAGCGCUGUCCGUGGGCAUGCACCAUACGAAGCAUCACCCACAUCAUCCCGCUCACCACCACCAGAUGAGUGUAGCCGCCGCAGCAGCAGUGGCCGCAGCAGCAGCCACGGCAGCAGGUGCUUCUGCUGCUGCUGCUGCUGGGCCAUGUCCUUCGACGACAGUCACAGGGCCGCCGCUAAAUACGUCGUCUUCAUCUCAGAACUAUGUCCACUCUCGCCACAAUCAUACCCAUCACAAUCUUGCACACCUUCCGCAUAGUCAUAUGCAUCCCCAUCCCCAUCACCAUCACCAUCGAAAUGCAGCGGCCGUGGCAGCGGUGUAUCACUAUCAGCAGCAGCAGCAGCAGCAGCAGCAGCAACAACAGCAGCAGCAGCAGCAGCAGCAAAGUGGUGGUCCAAGCGAAACUGAUGCAGACGCAGGGUCACCGAUUCUUGAUGUCUCAAUCACUAGUCAGGUGCUGGCACCAAAGCCGACCCAGCCGUUACACCAUUCGCCGUUGUAUCCGGGCCAAUUCUGGCAGCCCGGCUUGCAGCCUAGCACAUCGCAAGAUUUCUAUGAUUACAGCAUCAAGCCGUUUGCGCAGCCACCAUAUCCGACGGGUAAGCCAUCAACGGCCGUGUCCGGAGAAAUCGAAUCUGGUAUUCCUUCCGCACAAUUGCCAUGGGAGGGACGCGCCAUUGCUACGCACAAAUUCCGCUUACUUGAGUUCACUGCGUUCAUGGAAAUCCAAAGGGAUGACAUGUUAACAUCGCAGUAUAACCGCCACCUCUUCGUGCAACUCGGCGGCAAGCCAUCAUUCUCCGAUCCGCUACUUGAGACUGUUGAUAUCCGACAAAUAUUUGACAAGUUUCCGGAAAAGUCUGGCGGUCUGAAAGAUCUCUACGAAAAGGGUCCGCAAAAUGCGUUUUACCUGGUAAAAUGCUGGGCUGACUUAAAUACCGACAUAACGACAGGCAGCGAAUCGGGUGAUUUUUAUGGCGUAACGAGCCAAUAUGAAAGCAAUGAGAACAUCGUACUUGUGUGCUCGACAAUUGUUUGCUCCUUCGGCAAGCAAGUUGUGGAGAAGGUUGAGAGCGAGUACUCGCGCCUGGAAAACAAUCGCUACGUGUAUCGCAUACAGCGCUCACCCAUGUGCGAGUACAUGAUUAAUUUCAUACAGAAGCUGAAAAAUUUACCCGAACGCUAUAUGAUGAACAGUGUGCUAGAGAACUUUACAAUAUUACAAGUAAUGCGAGCGCGAGAGACGCAAGAGACGCUUUUAUGCAUAGCGUAUGUGUUCGAGGUUGCCGCUCAGAACAGCGGCACUACGCACCACAUUUAUCGUCUUAUAAAGGAAUAGCAAGAGCUGCAUGAAGCAGCGCCUAAUUUGUCCGCAGACCCCACCAAUGCACAAAUCAGCGAAUACUGCAGCAGCAGCAACACCAACAGAAUCAAAAAUACAAAUACAAAUAACAAUAACAACACGGUUAGUAGCCAACAUAAUAGCAAUACCAAUACCAACACCAACACCAACACCAAUGCCAACAAUAAUAGCAAGAAAACGCAAAAGUGUGCUAAAAGAGAUAUUACAAAUGGGAACGAAUCAGAAUUAGAAAAAACUAUUAAGCAGUCACAGUCACCCACCUCGCCGGAGUUACAGCAGCAACAGCCACAGUCGCAGUCGCAGCCACAGUUACUGGGCCAACAGCAACAACUUGACACGAUGGAUGCGCUGCAGGUGGAAGAGGUUAUAUACGCACAGAGCCAGGCUGAAAGCAUCUAUCCGUCACAACAGGAAGAGACAAAACUCCAACAACAUCAGCAGCAGCAGCAUCGCAUAAAUGCACAGCCGUUUGGCUCAUGCAUCUCCAGCAAAGUUCAGCACAUUGGGACGGAGAAGCUAGAGCAAAAGGCUAGCUUAAGCACAUAUGAACACUUUCUGAGGCUGUCCGCAAUGGAAUAUGGAGGAGUUACUGAAAGUACAUCCGCGGCUCUUAACCUCAGCGGCAUUGGGUGCAAGGAUCUCGUGUCUGGGUCCAAACCAUAUCUGGAAGAAACACAAGAGUUGUCCAUGCACCAGCAGGUAAAUGUAGGUGCAGACGUAGGAGUGGUGGGCGCUGCUGAUGCCAAAGUUGCCAGCAAUCGAGAUGAGCCGUAAGCCAUAGUGUUGUCCAUAGUGUUGUUUUUGUUGUUGUGUUUAAUUAGCAGGCUCUAAUUCGUGAUCGGCUUACAUAAAAACCUGCACAGGCGUAAAUACCUGCGUCCAGUACAUUCACGGCGGACACAGUAAAGGCUAUAGAAUUUACAUAUAUCAAAUCUUUGCCCAACCUUUUCUACCCUUUUCCUGGGCAGGCGACCAUGACUGAACUGAUUUCCCAAAUCGAAAACAGAUUUAUAUCAUUGUACAACUUGUUCUAGUACAUUUUUGUAACCCUGGAAGGUUAUCCUUGAUUGGAUGCAUGUACGUUUGAUUUAUGUACAUGCAGAAAGAAAAGAAAUGCAAUUAAAAGAUGGUCCAACUUUAAUGAUUUUCGUAAUCGCAUGAACAAUACACGAUGUACAUGGUAUCUUCUGAGAACCAGUUUGGGAAUCUUUCGAAAUUCCCAACAUCUUAAAGCAAAGUAAAGUAAACACGUUGUGUCAUUGAAAUACAAGAAGAAGAAACAAAGAAACGUUUUUAAAUUAACAAUAAAGAAUUACUGCGAAAGUAUUGAAGUGUGACUCAAAUUUCAAGCUUCACUGAUUCAACAUUUUUUUUUUUAUUUAAAGCAAAGGUGUCUCGCAUUUUUGUAUUUGGGAUGGUUGGUAAUAUCUAACACCCAUAUUACGUGUUCUGUGUCGGCAGUCUGAUGUAAUUAAAUCAAUUUUUAACAUACAUUUACAUCAAAAAUACAUUUAAAUGAUCUCAAAGUUACUUAAAACAUAUUCUUGUUGUGUAAUUUGUUUUUUUUUUUUACGAAACCCCAAGAAAAACGUAAGCAAAAGAAAACGUUUAGCAGUUGUCAAGCGCUGAUUUUGAACUAAAAAAACUAUAGAGAAAUAUGUACAUCGACUCUAAUGCGUGUACAAAAUGCGUGAUGCAUACAAAAAAUAUAUGUACAAAUGUACGUACAUAUUUCUUUAUAUAUCCCUAAGUACUAUCGUACAUAUUUAUUUUUUUUUUUUUUUUUUUCAAAUUAUAUUUGUUGAAAUUUGUAAACAUAAUUAUAUUGUUUAAGCUUUUUAAUUGUAUUCAAAGUAUGAAGCAAAGUUUGAUUAGCAUCGUGUCAGAAGGAUGCAGAAGUAUUUCAAUAAUCUAAUUGGUUACUCACUCGCACAUACAUACGAUGUAUACCGCAGGCUGGUUAACUCGUGAAUUGGGUUGGAUGGGGACUGCACAAGAAAUCUUUGCGUGCAAAGCCAAAACCACUUGCAAUAGAGAGGGACAGAAUAUUGCAUGAGCGACUGUUUUGUUUCUUUUCAUACGUAGUGUCAACGUAUAACAUACAUACAUACUUAUGUACACAUGCAUAUAUGUACAUAUGUAUGUAAAUAUGUAAACACAUGUAAAGAAGAUCAUUAAGCAUGAAUCGAAUGAACCACCGUUUUUUAAAUGAUUAUGGAUUUAUAAUGAUAAUUAAACCAGAUAAAAAACCAGAAAAAUCGAGUACGUUUUAUUCGAAAACGCGCUCCCUGAAUCCCCUGAAGGCUAAGCUCGAACUUUAGUGCAUGCAUUACAAAAUGGCUUACUUAAAAAGAGAACAAUGUGUUCCAGGGAUUCCUCACCAGUUCUCUAACUCGAUCAUGGAAUAGAAGCAAAAAUCAUUAAAAACACUUAUUGUAAUUGUAAAAUAUUGUAAUUCUGGUUUACUCGUAAUCGUACAUAUAAAA